UCACCGGUUCUUAAGCUCCAGCAACAGCACCCAAGAUCAAAAAACAACUUGCAGCUCUUCUUUUCUUGGCCCUCUUUGCCGCCGGCGAGCACCUCAGUGACCAUGUCGAAGUCCGCCUGGUGUUGCUCUAGCUGCGGUUGCGUAAUCCUCAUUCUCGGCCUCACAGCUGCCUGCUUGUGGAACCCACCGCCCGUGUCCAUGCCCCGUUGCUCUAUCCAGCUAUUCUACCUUCCAGCCCUCGACAGAUCUUUGGACACUCCCACGAACACCACCAUAUUCUUGGACAUUAAGCUGAGGAACGGCAAUGGAGCGAGGGGCAUUCAGUAUGACCCCGUGAACCUCACCGUUUCUUGCUACAGUGAUGCGAAUCAGACCAAGUGGCUCAAGACCAUUCCUGGAUUUUACCAGGGGUAUGGGAAGAAGGCCACGAAGCAUGCAAGUGUGGAGACUUUAGGGGUGAAUUGGACUGAUGUUGUGGCCAAGAACGAGUCUUUGGUCUUUAGAGUGGAUUUGGCCGCUGCAAUGAGGUUCAAGACCGUGGUUUCGAAGACCAAGAAGUCUAAAUUAAUGGUGGGUGCUAAUGUGACUCUCAAUGAUGAGGGUGCUAAAAACACCAAGAAGGGUAUCGAUCUAAAGUCUGGGGUGGGUAAGAAUUUGGGGGGUUGUUACUCUUGGCAGAUGGGGAUUUCUGUUGUUGCUUUAGUUUUGAUUUUGCUUGACUAAGGGCUGAGUUGGACUCUUCCUUGUGUAGGGAGGGUUGACAAUGAGAUUGAUUUUUCUGCUAUUCCUAGAUAGUGGGCAGCGCUGGUUAGUGUUUGCAUGAGAAAUGAUUUAUUCAAUGUGUGAGAGUAAAUCAUUGGUUUCAGAUGAUUUCGUUGAAUGAACAUUUGAAUGAUUCUGGUGUUUUGUUCUUAUGGUAUGUAGUGCUUAUCCUUCAUUACAUUGAGUUCUUUG